UAAAAGACAAGAUACAAACUAAAGAUUUAGCAAAUAAGGAAGCAGCAUUAACAAUUAUAAUAUGUUAUCCAUGGAGGAAACAGAAGUAAUAGAAAAUGAUGGUGCAGACACUUCCCUAAAGUGGGUGAUGAGGGAGGCCCUCAGAGGAGUGACCCUGGACCUGGGACCGGGCGUGUCUGGCGCUAGCCGUGCAAGAACAGGAGAGAGCAGCAUUUCUGGAUUAAAAGUGGUGGGUGAGUCCAUUUCUCCAGCAUUUCACCUCCAGCUGGAAGAGAGCACUGGGUGUCGAGAAAGAGACGUUAAACUACUUCAGGAAAUAGUAACUCAAUGCAUGGACAGAGGCAUCGCGUUAACUCUGGCACGCUACCUGGAGAAAGAAGAGAAGUAUCUCCCUCCUCCGAGCAUUAGGAUUGUGGUCACAGUGGAACAAACAGAAGAGGAACUGGAGAAAGCUGCGACCACAAUCAGCAAGGUGGCCCAGACCGUGCUGCUUUAGUCUGGGGCCUGGUGUCCUCUCACCACGCAACACGCAGACAGGCCUGAGUCACUGCACAGUGAGCCACAGGGGGCCUGCGGGUACCAGAUGGGGCGUCACUAGAUGGUGUGGGUAUCGACUCAGUGUAUGACCACGAGAAGGAUGCUGGGUACUUAAAAGAAAACAAAUCCAAAAGCCCAAGAACUGAUUUUCUUAAGAGAAAAACUAAUGACAGCAUAUAACUGAUAUUUAAAUUGUGCUAUUUAGUACUAUUUAAACGUUUUAUUAAUACUAGUAUUUUAUAUUCUUUUUUUUGUUGUCAUUGUUUAAAAAUGGAGCUUCAGUGUAUCUUCUUUCCCUUCUAAUGAUAAAGAUUGUGAGCACUCCUUAAUAUCUCAUAGAAAAUUGUCUGCAACGUUAAGGCUUAGAGGCACUUCAGCAUAUAUGAUACAAAAUGUAUUGAAGAUCUAAUUCAAACACAUCUUUUUCAGUCUUCGUCAUGUGAAGCUCAAUGUAUAUAUUGGCUAAUAUAUAAAGGAAUACUUUAUGUGUGAUUAUUACAAAUUUUUCAUUAUAAUAUAUUUGAAUCCUAGAAUUUUUAUAUACGCUAAAUACUGAUGUUGCACCAUUUCUAACAGUGAAUCUUAGCAUCCCUAACCAGAGAAUAGUCAUUAUACUUCCUAAGUGAGCAAUAUUUUAAAUCAAAUACUAUUUUAUUUUAGUAUAAUUGACCUUUACAUUCGUUAUGCGUUGACUUCUAAUCUUUUCAGAAGAGGAUUAUUGUGAUGAUCCCAAAAUAGAAACCAUGUCCUUGAUACUUUAGAAUAUCUAGAAUGUAUUCUUUUUUGUAUAGGGACGUAUAACUACAAGCUUUUUUUCUAAGCUAAAGAAAAUGAGACCUUUAUUUCUUUUCAGCUUAUGAAUUCCAAAUAUCUAAAAAAGAUGUGAAAGCACUAAAAUUAAAAUUUUUAAGCUGUGCUUUAGCUAUCUGUUUUUUCUUUAGCAAACCAAGUUGGGUGGUGUAAAUGUUUGUGAUAUGUGCCACAAGGUAGUACAUAAAUAUUACACUAUUACUCCAUCUCUUAUUAAAGGGAAAGGAAUAAAAUUAUAUUAAAAAUGUCAUUUUAUAAUAUAUGUUCAUAUUAACAAAUGGUCUUCAACAUCUUUUUAAAUAACAUAUUUUUUUAAUGUUUAGUUUCUAUUUUGCUUGAGGUAUUUUGUACAUAUGUGCCUUGUGAUUGCUGCUGCUUUAAAGGAUACAGUACUCUUUGGGGGAUGAAUCUGUUUUGUUUUGUUUUGUUUUUUAAUGAAAUAAACCUACAUUCCUGAUAA